CAAAUCUGCAGAUUACCUAUUAUCUAAAUAGGACAACUGAAGACAAACAGUAAUCCUAUCACCAAAGUACACAGGAAGGAAGCAUAUAAGGGGAGCAAAAUUCAAUCUCGUUGAACUCUCACUACCAGAGGGGUGUGUUUUACAGCUCUGCAGACUGCUGUAGGGCCUUGGCUCCUACCUAACCGAAGGACGCCAGAGGAAAGCCACCAAAGUUCUCCUUUGGUCACAGCGAGCCAUGACGAGGACUUCUACAAGCAUAUACCACUUCCUUGUUUUGAACUGGUAUAUUUUUCUCAAUUAUUACAUCUCACAAGAAGAAAAGGAUAAGGAGAAAUCCGAACUCUUUCAAAAUGGUGGACGGUGGAAGUACUUGACAUUUCUUAAUGUGUUAUUGCAGAUCAUUUUCUAUGGAGUCACCUGCCUGGAAGAUGUGCUGAAAAGAAUGAAAGGGAAAAAAGACAUUAAGUUCAUAACUGCCUUCAGAGACCUGCUUUUCACCGUACUGGCGUUUCCUGUAUCCACAUGUGUGUUUUUGUUAUUCUGGAUCCUCUUUCUCUACGAUCGAGAACUUAUUUACCCUAAGUUCCUAGAUGGUCUCUUUCCAAUGUGGUUGAAUCAUACAAUGCACACAUUCAUAUUCCCCUUUGCACUGGCUGAAAUCUUCCUCAGUCCACACUCCUAUCUACCGAAGAAGAAAGGACUCAGCUUGUUGGCUGCUGUUUCCCUUGCUUACAUUAGCAGCGUCCUAUGGAUCUACUUAAAAACUGGUACAUGGGUGUAUCCUAUGUUUGCCAAACUCAGCCCAGUCAGCCUAGCAGCCUUCUUCUCUGUCAGCUGCAUCUGUGGUGCCAGCGUCUACCUACUUGGAGAGAAGCUCAACCACUGGAAAUGGGGUGAUGUGGGGCAGUCAAAGAAGAAGAAGUGAUUAUAUGCUGUUUUCCAAGAACUAAAAAGGAAGAAAACAUGAAAGUUUUUUUCAAUCUUUUUUUCUGUUUGGUGGAGGGUGGUGGUGGGGAAACAUAAGAAAGUAGAAAGGACAGUAAAGAAUAUUUAAAUUUAAUAAGAGGGUUAUGAAGGUAGAUUAACUUGGGUAGGACUCCUGGGUUCGAAAGACUUACUGAACAUGCCAAAAAUAACUGCUGCUGUUUCAGAAUUUGUUACCUUCAUCUGACCUCUGUGUAGGAUGGUCUAUGGUCAAAUUCUGGCCACAGGCCAAAGAAACUCAUUAACUCAGUGUCAGAGAAUGUUUAGACAGAGAAAAGAAUUUAAGAUUGUUAAAACCGUUUACUCAGGCAGUUGCUGAGGACCUAGAUGAGAAGUUACCUGCAUGAGGCCAAAGAGUUAGUGUCAGAACUGGGACAAGAGAUUUUUGUCUCUAAUAUCUUUUAAUUCUCAGUCCUGUGCCAUUUUUUAAUAAUCUCGUAUUUAAUAAUCUCAUAAUAUUUUCUAGAAAUAAGCAUUUUUCAUAAGCUUGUUAUUUUCAUGGAUUGCAUCUGAUCCUCCCUGCCACACCUCCCUCCCCCCGCCCCAGUCUGGGUAGAAGUGCAGGGAGAUGGCAGCUACUAAAGUUGUCUCUCUACCUGGUAUGGUAUAAUAGCAAAUUAUUUGGAGCAAGGAGAAAAUAAAUUAUAAAAAGUAUUAAGAAAUCUGUCCCUCUUGUGGGCGAGCAUUCAGGGAAGAUAUAAACAGUGAACAUAGUGACACUGUCAAAAUCUCUUCUAUUCAAGUAUUGAUUGACUUGUCAAAUAAAUGUACAUUUUACUUGGGGAACAGUCUAAAUGGGAAGUGAUAUGGUUAUGAGGAGUGCUGAGAGUGCUUUGGUACAAAGCACUUUGCUGAGUUAGUUUAUGAAUUAACAAAGCUGACUGUCAGCAAGCACACUCAUAAACCCUGCUUUGACUUUUCUAGUGGAAUUUCCCAGGUUUUACAGGCAUAUUUUAUAAAGAACACAAAUGAUAAAUGUCUAGCAGUAGAUAGAGAUAGUGGAAUCUAACAGUGUGUCAUAAGGCCCAGGGGGACUGGGGUUUGGGCGCCACAGAAAAUUGUACUUGGGCUUCACAACCAAACAUAAUACAAGAGAAAUUUGGUGAAAAUGCAUAAAAUCUGGUAAAACUGUGCUUGGGACCAAAUUAAACUUUAAU